CGUUAAGAGUCGGGAGGCGGGGAUCCACGAGGGAUAGGGGACGCUACGAAUAGAGCUUCCGAAUCAGGCAACAGGAAGCCCUGAGUGCAAAUUCUGAUUUAGAUACGUAGUUCUGUGACGCUAGAUAAAUUGCCUAGCCUUUAUUUUGUUGUUGUUAUUGUUGUUGUUGUUAGCAUUUCACACAAGCAUUAGGAAAUGUAGCUGCAGCAAAGUUGCAUCCGCUCCCUCAGAAUCCGCACCCAACCCUGGGCCCCCAGUCCUUCGCGUCUCAGGCCUCCUUUCAGUGGUACAGCCUGCCCUUCCCCCCCAUCAUUGUAAUUGGUAUAGUCCUCCAGCUCCUUCAGGGAAGCGGCCCGACCGCAUCACUUGGCUUAGCCCUCCCACGCCUGCGGAUCAGUGAUAGACUCCUCCCUGCUUUUCCCCCGCCGCCCUAAGCUUGGUACAGUCCUGACCCUGCCCGUGGCUUUGACCGCCCGUUCCUUCGCCCCUCUCCUAGGCCGGCGCGCGGCACGGAGCAGGUCCUCUCCCCGGCGCCGACCGCGGUGAUGGCGCCGCCUGCAGGCGGGGGCGAGGAGGUGGGCGCAUCGCUAGAAGAGACGGCGGUGCUUGUGGAAGUGCGGGGCCUGGGACCCGAGUCUGGGGCGGGUCCGAGUCCCGGUCCUGAUGGACUGUGGCGGCUGCAGCUGAGCGCCGAGGCCUCAAGGCCGGGGCACUUCCGCCUGGUGCUCCAGGGCUCUGGGAGCUCUCCCGGGGAGGGCUUUCAGUGGUCUCUGGAAUCCGUGGCUUGCACCAGCCGUGGCCCUCGUGAGUUGGAGCUACAGCCACCCCAGGAAGGGCCCGGGCCGGGUGUUCUGACGCUGUGCUUCCGCGACCCUCAAGACGCCCAGCGCUGGAGUGCGAUGCUGGAGAAAGCCCGAGACCUUGGGGGCACAGCUGCUGCCAUCCCUGCUGCAGCCCCUGCCCCAGGCAUUCUGCCUCCUACUGUCUCCACACCCCCUCCAGCUUCUGAAGCCGAGACCCUGUGGAGCCCCCAGGAUUUUUCUGAGAAAGAGACGCUGACCAACCGGCUGACCCAGGCCAUCUGUGGGGGUGAUGAGCAGGGAGCAGCUCAAGCAGCAGCUGCCCUUGCACAGAGGCAAGUGCCUCUCAACAUCCUGCUCCAGGAGAGCUGCUUCCCUCCAGGUCCUAUCAGGGUGCAGGUCACAGUGGAGGAUGCAGCAUCAUCAGCCCACAUCUCCCUCCGGGUUCAUCCUCACAGUACGAUAGCAGCCCUACAAGAACAGGUGUUCAAAGAAUACGGUUUUCCGCCCCGCGUACAACGAUGGGUGAUAGGCCGGUGUUUGUGUGCGCCCGAAAGGAGCCUGGCCUCCUACGGGGUGCAGAGAGACGGAGACCCUGCCUUCCUCUAUCUCCUUUCUGGGCCCCCUGGGCCUCACGGCGCUCGUCCUCCAGCCCGGGGACUGGACAUUGGCAAGAAGUCAAAUGGAGAGAUUGGCUCCCUCCUUGGCCAGCAACCAGGGCUUCCUCCAACCUCCCGUCCAGCCCCCAACCCUUCUGAAUCCCUGCAAGUUGGCUGGUCCUGCCCUUCUUGCACCUUUAUCAAUGUUCCUGGGCGACCAGGCUGUGAGAUGUGCAGCACUGAACAACCAGCUUUCCAAAGCCCUCAGCCAGAGGCUCCUGCUCAGCAGCUCCCAAAGAUUACAAGGCGGGGAGAGGACAUGACCAUUCCCCCCAGCAUCAGGUCUCCAGAUACCUCCUUUCACAUGUUGAGUGAAUUCUCCUGACCCAAUAAGGUCAAACCAAUGGACUAGAAUUAACUUAUAGGAGAGUAAAGUCUGACAGUAACUUAAACCCACUUAAACCUGGAUGGACAAGAUGAAAAUUGAACUAUAAUAAUAAAAAUAACCUAUCAUAUUUGGAGAA